GCACAGAGAGAGGAACCAGCACCCUUUCACAAAGCGAACUCAAGCCACAGAAGAGCAGGAGCGCAACGCACACCUGCGGAAACUUUUUUUUUAAGCUGGCAGAAUCCUCCCAACGGGUGUAGCUUUUGGCAAAAGUCCACUCCGCUCCGCUUGAAUCAGCUGCUUUUGCCUCUUUUGAUCUAAACUCGUGGCUGAAAUCCGCCUGGCGGAAAGAUUUGCCCGUCGCUUUCCACCUGUUGAUUUUGAACCCUCCCUGGAUCCUUCCACCUCGUGCCAAGCGACGGAGACGGCGGCGGCGGCGGCAGCAGCGCAUCUCUUGGCCGAAACGCACCAGCCAGCUAUGAGCUCCGAGCAUUUGGUGUACGACGUGGAGAAAGGGAGCAACGUGGUCGUGGUGCGCGAGAAGCCGCAGAAAGAAAGCCGCUGGAAAUGCCUCAGCAUCUGUUCCCUCCUGCUGCUGCUCGGCGCCACGUUCGUCUUUGCGCUUUUGCAAUUUGGCGCUUUCAAGCAGUCUGAAUCCCAGGACUCUAAGGAAAACGGAAGCCCAUUUUCUGGAGGGUUGCCCCCCACAAUGAAAGUGCAAGCCUUGAUGUCCCGGAAACCAGCUGCCCAUGCCCUAGCUUCCCGAGCCCAUGGCCAGAAAUUGGUCUGGACCACAGAUGUGGCACCCUCCAUACUUGAGAACGGCAUGCAGCUGGACAAAAACUCCCUCGUGGUGCCUUCGACCGGACUCUAUUUCGUCUACUCUCAGGUCAUGUUCCAUAGCGACACCUGCCCGGAAUCCCCAUUGCUGCUCAGCCACACCAUCUUGUGGUUUUCCUCGCAGUUCAACAAGGACGUGGAAUUGCUGAAGUCCAUCAAGUCCGCUUGUGAGGGCGGAAGAAGCGCCCAGGGCCACAAGCGUUUGUGGUUUGAAUCCAUUUACCAGGGGGCUGUCUUUAGGUUGAACAAAGGGGACCGCCUGCAGUCCAAAACCGAAUCUCCUCAGUAUCUGGACUUCGCCCAACAGGGGCAGAUAUAUUUUGGGAUCGUUGCCAUGGAGUAAAAAAGUAAGAAAAAAAGACUCUCCUUCUGUGCCAUAGUUACAACUCGCUUGUUCCUCCUUCUCCAGCCUCUGCCAUUCAAAAUACAAAUUUGAGGAUGAGAAACAAGAGACUGAACUCUGAAUUGGCACCCCAGUGAAGGAGGUUACUUCUGCUCUGGGAAGAUAGGACACAGUAUUACUUGUUGUUGUUGUUGUCUAUUUUUAAUCAAUCCUAUUUAUUUAUUUUUAUUUAUGUAUUUAUUUAUAUAGCCAGUGGGCGUGUGGUUGGAAGUAUGAAAGGAUCUGGGAUGCUUGCUUCUUUUGUCACACCAAUUCAGAAGAAAAUAUGAAAUAUAGAUAAUUCAGUAGAAACAAGGGUGUGGGUUUGUGAUUGUGCGCUUGUGUGUGUGUGUGUGCGUGAGAGAGAGAGAGAGAGAGAGAGAGAAGAGAGAGAGAGAGAGAGAGAGAGAGAGAGAGAGAGAGAGAGAGAGAGAGAGAGAGAGAGAGAGGUGGUUCUGUGAGCUGUAAGUGAAUACCUUAAAUAAGGGGAAUUGUGCUUCUUUGAACCCAGCUCCAGAAACUCGGACCAGCUGUAUAUAUAUACUAUGUAUAUCUGUUAAUAAUUGAAUAUACCUGUGUAAUUAUGUAUGUUACAUGGACUGCUCCUGAAUUUUGGGGGAGGAUGGCCCUGCGGGCAAUGUCCUCUCUUUGUUGGUAAUAUUUACAUCGAAGAUGUAAUCUGACACCAGAGUAUCUGGGCUGUUAUGAUUUUGCUCACUCUUGUGGCACAUAGCGUAUUUCAUGUUGAAAUCCUGCACGUGUUGCCACAAAAGUGGUGAUUUCAAAAGGAAAAGAAUACCUUGUGACUUGAUUGUUUAAAAAACAAUGUUGUUUAUUUAUUUAUUUAUUUAUUUAUUUAUGCGGAUAUUUAUUUUGCUGUAGUCUCCUUUUUUGCACAUUGCGGAGAAACUGCAACUGUUAUUAUAAGUUGGUUGUGUAAUCUUUAAAUGAGUCCAAGAAAUAA